CAACGAGUCUUAAUGUUACCUGAAUUUUGUUAAUGGAAAAGAUGUAACUACUUAAUUCUACUUUCAUUUUCGAUAUGACUACGUUGGUAUUCGUCAGGUUAAGUCUAAUGACCCUUUGACACUCGCAUGAUGUUGUAACGCAGCGAGAAUCUUUCUUCAUCACCUCCAUCACGUAUGAAAGGCCUUUUGUAGCACAUCGUCAAGGAAAAUUGUCCCAAUUUAUCAGAAUUCUACACAGGCAAUAAGAUGACUUCUGCUACAGAUGGUACUGAGGUACACGACAGCGUGAAGGACUAUUAUGGGAAGAGAGUGAAGACAGUGGAUGAUCUUCAGACUCAGGCAUGUGUAGCCCCUGGAAGAAAGGUCACUAAACCUGUAAGAGAGGCCAUAGGACUUGUUCACGAAGUUGUUACCUCAAAGUACUAUGGAUGUGGGCUUGUAAUCCCAGAGAAGCUUGAAGGGAUGAAGAUUUUGGACCUUGGGAGCGGUAGCGGACGUGAUUGUUUUGCCCUCAGCAAGCUGGUUGGUCCCACAGGUCAUGUGACAGGCAUCGACAUGACGGAUGAACAGCUUGACGUGGCCCGCGAGUAUAUUGGAUAUCAUACCAAGAAGUUUGGUUACACUAAACCUAACAUCGACUUUGUAAAGGGUUACAUUGAAAGGCUCACGGAAGCAGGACUGCCAACGAACAACUACGACAUUAUCGUUUCCAACUGUGUGGUGAACCUGUCCCCUGACAAGAAGGCUGUCCUACAGGAGUCCUACAAUGUCCUCAAGGAAGGUGGUGAGCUUUUCUUCAGUGACGUUUAUGCAGAUCGGACUUUGGAAGAGUCUGUACGCAAACACAAAGUAUUAUGGGGUGAGUGCAUUGCUGGGGCCCUGUGGUGGAAGGAGGUACAUGACCUAGCUGCGGAGAUUGGCUUUAGUAAACCCUACAUGGUCAGUGUUUCACCCAUUCCUGUUGACCGGGACGACUUUAAAGAAGUUCUGGGCGAUGCAAAAUUUGUAUCGGUGACUUACCGCUUGUUCAAGCUGCCCACUAAAAAGUGUGAGAGUUCCCAAGUGAUAUAUAAUGGAGACAUACCCGGCUAUGAAGAGGUGUUCAACUUUGACUAUAAAACAAACUUCAAGACCAAUGAUAUCAACUCAGUAGACGAAAACAUAGCGACAGCCCUAAAGUCAUCCAGGUUUGGUGAUGAGUUUGAUUUUCAACCACCAGCAAAGAAAUCGUGUGGCACAUCUGCUUGUUGCGCAGACUCAAAGCCUGAAGAUCCAUUUGUUUACUUGGAAGAGAAGAAAAAGAAAGGGGAGGUGGUGGCACCGCCACCAUGUUGUACAGACAGCAAAUGUUGUUAAGGCCAUUUUCAGCAUAUGUGUUGUAACCCUUUCACCCCUAUGUAACUUAAGUAAACUCUACCAUGCAUUAAUCUGGACGAGUACAGUAUGGUCUACAGUGGUGAAAGGGUUAAUGGACAUUUAAAGUUGGAAACAUAACCUGCAAUAUUUAAAUCAGCAAGACAUUUGUAUCGUGAAUAGAUUCUGCUAAUGAUUAACAUAGACAGUAAUCACGCACCUGAUUGUUUAGUGAUCAUGAUGUGUCAACAAAACAAUUGGAGACACAAGAAGUGAAAGAUACUAAAUGAGGAUGGAACAGGUAUAUGGAUAAGGAGUUUGAGUUGAAGAGCGAAAGGUAAGAAAGGAUAGGGAUGGUACAUGUAGAUGAGGACAUAAGAAAUAUCCAACAGAUUUUUGGGAUUCUUACAUCAUUAAAGCACACUGUUGAGACAUAAAAUAUUACAUGAUUUUCAAUUUCGUAGCAACUUUAUGAAAAGAGUCGUGGAAUUUUCAUUUCAGCGAGCUUCUGGUGAGCUACAAUUUUAAAUCGUAACAAAUCGAGAAAUGAAAACAAUUGUAAGAUUAUGUUGAAUGAGAAACUUUUCCUCAGGUUGAUGCCAUGAAGUUGUCCUACAUGUAGUUGUGUUGUCACGUUUUGAAUAAUGGAUCCAUGCAGCCAACCACAGCUCUACCAGCUGUUAUUAAUGUGUGCUUAUACCACAAAUUUUGUGAUGAAUGUUCUAAUAUUGAUCACAUGGUAUAUAUAAACAAGAAACAUGUAUUUCAUAUUACUAUUCAUUUCACUUAUUAAAAUCCUCACCGAUAACUUGCCUGAUGGAAAACCACGAAGUUGUUAACAGUAUAGUGUAGGGAAAGAGUUAAAAAGCGAGAAAUGGGGAGUGAUGGAUAGGGAUGCAGGAAAGUGAUAGAUGAGAAGUGAAAGACAAGAGAAGUGAAAGACAUGAGAAGUGAAAGACAUGAGAAGUGAAAGACAAGAGAAGUGAUCGAAAGAUACCAAAUGAGGAUUGAUUUAGCUAUGUAAUACUUGGUUGCCAUUAUCUGAUUAAGAAAAUGAUUCUAUAUGAAAUUUACAAUUCAUAGCCUUUUACAAUUUAUUCAUGACUGAUUCAGACAGAAGCUGAGUACUUUGGCUAGUGUAAUCACCCCUGUGCUGAUUGUGUAAAACAGCUUCUGUAUGGUGGUAAUUACAGACCACUUUAUAUUGGUAGUGCUUGUGUACCUAAAUCUGAGAUUAUCCAACCCGAGUUCCCAUUACCAUAUCAAUGUCAUUGUCAGGUCUCCAUAAUCUGUUGUUGUGUAUAAUCAAUAAUCUACAGAUUAAUGAAUGCUCCUUUCUGUUGAGUUAUACCCGUAUUGUCAUAUCAUUGAUAAACCAUAGUAUAAUAGGUACCGUAUUUAUCUGGCAAUAUUAAUGGGCCCAUGUCUGGUGAUAAACUCAUCUGUCGUAUCUAGUUUCACUUUAGUAUAAUGACAACAGCACUAUUUCAUAUUCCUGUUAUUCACAUGUAAGCUCGACCACUUGCUUGAGGCAGAUAUUUUGUGUUGGUCACCUGGGCUUAAUCUGGAUAAAUACGGUAAUGCAACCAAGUGGAAAAACAUGGGCUGAUUAAUAACCAUCAAAAUUAACAUUCUUACACCCGAUUAUCGAUCUUUUUCCUUUUAUUGUUAUUCAAAGCCAUCAAAGAUUAUAUCGGUGGAAGUAAUUAUGAUAGGUUUUUAUCACAUGAAAGAUUAGUGGAAAGAUAUAUUAUCCUUCUUCACGGUACGGAGGCAGGGUACAUUGUUCUCACGGGCUAGCCUUGGUCGAUAAUCAUGUAUAUGCGAAUAGUUCAGGAUUGAAUUUUUUUUUUUUUAGACAGUACAUGACGGUAUUAAACCCAAUAACAUAUUCAUUAUUUCACGGGUUUGUCUACAUGAUGGUUUCAGGACGUUAAGAAUCUGCAUUUUAAUUCAUAAUUUGUACGUUACAAACAAUGCAGAACAUCACUUUAUCUCUCUGGGUAGUACAUGGAUCUUUUGUCCUAUGGUGCUUUUCAUACAAACAUUUUACCAAAUAUUGGAAAAAAUAAAUCAUGAUUUCUAUAGCUACUAAGAUCAUUGUCUACUAUUUUUGUUAGGCGACAUAUUAAAAUCAGAAUCAAUCGGAAAUAUCGUCACAAUUUGAUUUUGACGUCAAUAGAAGAUUAACAGUUAGUGACCGAUUACUAAAUUGUAUGUCAGAAAAACAUCUGAACACAUUACGACAAAAAACCAUUACGCUAAGCAUUAACAUAGAUAUUCUGUUUUACUCCGUUUUACAUUAUAACGCCAUUGUUUCCAUGCCAUGAAUGAACAGAGUAAUAAAAAAAUAAAAAUUCUGAAUGUUCAUCCCCAAUUUCGACUUGUAAAUCAGCUGAAUUCCCUGUAAAUAACAGUUUUCACCAAACAUAAAAUCCAUCACACAGACAAGCUUAAAUUACGAUAUUUUACACGAAUACUUCAUGCAGACGUGUUUUAUUUUGCCGUUUCCCACCUCAAUUAAACAUUCUCAGAUUGGGAAUUCUCAGAUUGGGAAGUUUAAUUGGGAGUUCUCAAUGAUUAUUUAAAACAAAAUAGCAAAGCCAUAUAUACCAGGUUUUGCUUAUUCUGGAAAAUAUUUGGACACACCAAUGUAGAUCAAAUUACAUACACGUAAUAUAAUAUCUGUUGAUAGCUUAGCACUAGGAAACUUGUCCACACGUCAUCUCCAUAGCGAUAGGGCGUUGAUGCUGUAGACGUCGUAUAUCUCGUUCGUAGUUAAAGGGGUUUUAUACUGAAAAAAAACAUUGGCAGGGAAAACCGAUGCAUUUGUUGUAAAGUUCAGCUUAAUAUUGACAUUAAUUAAUUUCCAUAAAACCGCUCAACCAAAAUAUCUUGCCACUUUAGAUUUGCUAUAUGAUCAAUUUAAAAAUGAUUGUCACAAAUUGUUGGUUUCUAGGAUGCGUUUUUCUCUGACAGUGAUCGUUUUUUUGUGCAUAAAGAUAGUAUCGGGGAAUUGAGAAUAUUUGUUCAUUUUAUAUAUAAUACUGGCAAUUACAUUUCCUUUUAUUUACCAACUUGUAAUAUGAUACGAUUUACGUGUAUUUGUUAUUUUUUGGUAUUUAGAGACUUCAAAUCAUUGCAAUCAUUUAAUGUUGACAUUAGCGCAUUUUUAAUUGUUUAUAAUGAAUAUACAAUGAUAUAGGAAAUAAAAAGAAAAAUUUAUAAGAAAAUGUC